AUAAAUAAUAAAUUAGGUAAACCGUUGGUGUCAACCUCAAAUUAGUAUUAUUUAGUUAUCCAUUGUUCUCCCUUAAGUUACUCCCUAUCAUUGUAUUCUUUUGUAUGUAUAAAAAAAAACAUUAUUUCUGCAACCAUAAUUAUUUUUUUUAAAAAAAAAAAGGGAAGAGAUAGCUGUUGUGAAGGGAAAAAAAGAAAACAAUGGCCUCUCUUAGAUGUAAUUACUCAGUUAUAUUUGUGUUUUCAAUUGUGUUAUUUGCAUCUUUAAUCCCAAAAUUGCAUGCCAACAUUGGUGACUUUGACCCAUAUUUGGAAAAGAAAGCUGAAGAAGCCCUUCAGUCUUCUCUUGCUGCUUACAAUGAAAAUCCUGAACAACUUACACAAACAUUCAACAAGGAAGUUGGAGAAACUCUCUUUAAUGGCACAAGGAGGUAUCUGAGGGAGAUAAUAUGAGAAAAAUGUUUUCAUGAUGUAAGAGAAAAUGGAAUUCUUAUAAAAAUUAUCUAAUUUGAUUUAUCUGUUUACUGUAACAAUGCUCUCAUUCAGAAAAUAAUAUAACCUCACCUUUGCAAAAGAUGCAAGUUUAUCAA